UUUCUUUUCACCCCUUUCCCCUCAAGCCUCGCGCGCGCUGGGAAGCCUUCACUGAAUCCCAUCAAUGGGCAUUUCCUAACCACCACUCCUCCCUGGCUAUCACUCCCUUCCUAGACCCUCAACCAGCAAACCCGACCAAACCAACCCAUCGACUCAAUCUCCCCAUCAUCACAGCCCCAACCCCUCGAAAAAUGCAACCCCUCCUCCCCAUCCCUCUCCUUCUCAUCCUCCUCCAGCACACUCCCCUCCAAGCUUUCGCCCAAGUCUCUCAGCAGCGAUGCUACUCCUCCGCCGGGGAGCUCGCCCCCGAUUACAUCAUCCCGUGCUACACCUCCUGGACGGCCGACGCGACCUUCUGCUGCAAGCGCGGCAACGUCUGCCUGGAGCACAACGCGUGCUACGACGGCGCCACGGGUAUCACCUACCAGUACGGUUGCACGGACGAGUCCUACGCCGACGCAAACUGCCCCAAGAAGUGCGGGCUCGACACGAAGAAGAGCGAGUGGGUGGGCAUGGUGUUCUGUGGGGGUGAGGAGGGGGGGAGGAAUGGUAGUUGGCUAUGCCACCACCCCGACAACUGCGGCGACUCGUGUAUAGGCCACACGCCAUGGGACCCGCAACUCGAGCGCCUCCCCAAGAUACAAUGCUCAGAGAUGAAGCCCUCCCUAGUCGCCAUCUCGGCGCCCUCCACCCUCUCCGACAUCAUGAAGAUCCCCAACGAAGCGACCGCUCUCGCAAGCUACUUCGCAGCGCACCCGACCGCGCGGCCGACGUCGUCUACGUCCUCGCAACCCCCCGUCACCGCGGCGUCGACACCCGCCGCAAGCAGUUCGCAAGUCAGCAGCAGUACCGCGCCACCCACAUCCGUGCCCGCAGACCCCUCGACCGCAGAAUCCAACGCCUCGAGCGCGCGGAAGAAAAAAACCAAGGCCCUCGCCAUCGGACUCGGCGUCGGGAUCCCGCUCGUCAUGUCCCUCAUCGGCACAGCGCUCUUCCUGCUCUACAGACGCCACAACGCUUCUUCCUCCACCUCUUCCCCCACCACCAUCCCCUCGUCUUCAAAGGAGGAGAAGCUCGACGCCUCGGACGCUGCGGCGAUGCCAGGCUACGUCCACAAGGCCGAGCUCCCCGGCGAAGGCAAGCCGCUCGCGCAGCACUCGCCCGCGCGCACGGAGCUGGCGGGAUCGUUUGUGGAGGGGAGUUCGACGUGGGGAUCGCCGUCUACGAGGCCGGUGUCCGUUAUGCCGCCGUCUGAGAGGGGGAGUUAUGGGGCGUUUCGUCCUGAGGGGAGGGUUGUGGAGAGUGUGGGGGGUGGGGUGGUUCAUGAGCUUCCUUGAGUUUUGAGGUUUCUUUGUUUGUUUGUGGUUUGAGGCGUGCACGAUUAUAUCCCCCUUUGCAUUGUAGUUUUUGUAAU